AUGCGCGUCGAACUGCAAAACAACGAUUUUGUGGUCUCUGACAGAGGCGGGGUGGUCGAAAACCGACACCUCAUUCACGCAUCAGUUGUCGACGCAACUGGCAAAAUACUUUUUGCCGUAGGCGACCCGGGAAGAAUGACUCUCGCUAGAUCUGCAGCAAAGCCAAUGCAGGCAUUGGCAAUCCUGGAAACCGGUGCAUGCGACAUGUUUGGAUUUGAUGAUGCUGACUUGGCAUUGAUGUGUGCAUCACACAGUAGCGAAGACAGGCACAUUGCCCGCGCUCGUUCCAUGCUUCGCAAAGUGGAUGCCCAGGAAACAGAUCUUCGCUGUGGUGGCCAUACUCCUUUGUCCGAUACUGUCAAUCGAGCAUGGAUAAAAGGUGGUUUUGCUCCCACUGCUAUAUGUAAUAAUUGCUCAGGCAAACAUGCGGGCAUGCUGGCUGGGGCUAAGGCAUUGGGCUCAGAUGUGAAGGAUUAUCACUUGUCAAGCCACCCUAUGCAACUGCAAGUUCAACGUAUCUUCAAGGAGCUUUGUGGCCCAGAUGAAACCAAUCUACUCUGGGGGAUCGACGGAUGCAAUCUCCCCGCGCCAGCUUGUCCUCUGUAUGUGCUCGGCAAGGCUUAUGCCCUUCUUGCUGCAUCAGCGGAUACUGUGGAGGCAGGUACUGGCAGCGAAAAUUCCACCGCUCAGACUCGAACCAGAUAUCUGCAUCAGAUUUUUCAAGCCAUGUCACAGUAUCCUGAAUUUGUGGGUGGUGAAGGUCGUUUCUGUACAGAGCUUGCGAAGACAUUUCAAGGGGAACUGAUCGGUAAACUGGGCGCGGACGGCUGUUACGGAUUGGCAAUUCGAGAAUCAAAGCAGACCCAAAAGCUUGGAGCGCGUGGGGCUAUUGGCAUUUCAGUCAAAGUCGAAGAUGGAAAUAUCAACAUUCUCUAUGCAGUGGUGAUGGAAAUUCUUGACCAGCUGCAAAUCGGAACACCAGAGAUGCGCCAUGCCCUCGAUCGCUUCCAUCUCCCGAAGCUCUGCAAUACAGUUGGUGUAGUUACGGGCCAAAUAUCUCACUUGUUCCAAGUACGUUCGGCAUGA